AUGAUUUUUCUUGGGGCGGAGGACGUGUCGUUCUCGCGGAUCGGCGGGCUGUCGUGGGAGCAGUGGUCGGCGCGGCUGGCGCUGCCGCUGGUGGGCGCGGUGGGGGGGGCCGCCGCGCCAGGGGGAGCGCUGCGCGGCCGCGAGCCCGGCUUCGCGUGCGCCGACUGCGGCCGCGUCUACAAGCUCAAGUCCUCGCUGCGCAACCACCAGAAGUGGGAGUGCGGCAAGGAGCCCCAGUUCCAGUGCCCCUACUGCGUGUACCGCGCCAAGCAGAAGAUGCACAUCGCAAGGCACAUGGAGCGCAUGCACCGCGAGGUCCACCUCAAGCCCGACCAGUACAUCAAGCAGGACAACGUGGAUGCCUGCACGUAA